AUGCACCGCCGCCUCACCGCCGCUGCCGCGGCCACUGCACUCCGGCGGUUCUGCAGCCAGCGCCCGCCUCCGCCACCGGACCGGCGGCUCGCCUUCCUCCGCUCGGAGCUCGAAGACCUAGACCUCUCCCGCGCACCAGCACAACCGCCGUCCCGGGAGCAAUGGCAAGUAACCCAAGAGCCAGGAAGCGGCGGCGCUCGCGCGGGGGACAAGCCCGUGGCCGUGGACAUCGCCCACCCGUGGCCGGAGUGGGUGGCGCUGAUGGAGUUCCUCCUCCACAAGGGCCACCUCGACCCCUCCGCCUUCGCCGGCGCCGCGCCGUCCAAGGACUCCAACCUCGUCCGCACCGCCUGCCUCCGCUUCGGGCGCGAGCGCCCGGAGAUCGUCAGGUAUCUGUCAAGAUGGGAUAUUCAGGUCGCUCUGCGUGGUGGGUGCCCUAGCAUUGACAGGAAAGUUAUUAAUUCUGGGAAGCGACUGCGUGCGCAUGUAGGACUUGAUGAAGGAGAGGUUUGCAGCCAAUGCAAUUUAAGGGGAAGUUGUGAGAGGGCAUAUGUCAGGGCUCGUAAAGAGGAAGUGGGCAGAACUGUGGAUGUUAUGCGCAUCCUCCUGACUUAUGGUCUUGAUAUCAUUACUGGUAAUGUGGGGAACAAAGCAUGCCUAAACAAAACUGUUAAAGAAUCCAUUAAGAAACUACUGAAUGAGGUUGUCGAGCUCGAUUCCAAGGGGCCUGGUUCCACAACUGAUAAAGCUGCACAACGCAUGUCAAAAGGUCAAUCUGCUGUACCCGUGAAGCAGGGUGACUGGAAUUGUCCCAAAUGCAACUUUCUUAACUUUGCAAAGAAUAUCAAAUGUUUGCGCUGCGAUGGCGAAUUUCAAGAGAGAUAUCACUUAAUGCAUGAGGACCAAGAUCAUCUACCCCUCAAAAAAGGUGAUUGGAUAUGCAAAAGGUGCAACUUUUUGAAUUUCGCAAAGAACACACGAUGCUUGCAGUGUCAUGACAAACCAACAAACCGUUUACUCAGUCCGGGCGAAUGGGAGUGUCCUUCGUGUAACUAUCUGAACUUCAAGAGGAAUGCAUUCUGCUUGAAAUGUGGUUGGAAAAGACCAAAAGCAUUAAACGACCAAGACACCAUCGAACCACACCGCGAUCUGGAGCAGAAUAAGCACCCCGCUAUUUCAUUCGUUCAAGAUGGCAUCCAGCCGACAUUGCGAAAGCGACAACUUGUGCAAAAGAGGGCUCCACUAUCUGAUGAAGAUUCAGAUUUCUGGAGCUCGGAGGAGGCAGGGAACGAUGACGACGACGACAAUGAGAACAGCAUGCUCCCAAUGCACAGGGACUACAAAUUCCUCGACAGUUUCCCCAUUGUCGGGGGCAGGAGCGCUACUUCCCAAGAACCUUUGGAGAGGGAAAAAUGGAAGGAGGAGAUGUCCAGGGGGAACCAGGGGCUUCCAGGAGAGGCAUCAGAAGAAAGUAAUCGCCCCUCCCCUCGUGUUCCCAGAAGCAUGGAGAUGCUCGAGUCCGAGGACGACGACGACGAGAUCUCAUCAUGGUUUUCUGGUGCGAACAGUAGUAGAAACCUGAAAAGGUAG